UGAAUUUCAAUGUUUCAGAUUUCAUUUCGACUAAGUGUUGCAAGUGCAUUCCGAUGUCCAACAAGAGAUAUCAUUAUUAUAUAGAAAAAGAAAUAAAUAAAAAUAUUGUCAUUGGACGUAACUACGAAAUGCUAAUGCGAAUAUUUGAGAAAUACAUGAAUUGAAAAAAUAAUUAGAUAUAUAUAGAUAAAUGAUAAUCUUGUUCGAUUACUUAAGCUUGAUCUUUCGAACUUAUAAAAGAGAAGGAGAAUUAAUUAUUAAAAGUUGUAUAUGGUUUCACUGAACGUCCUUGACUGAUCAGUGUUACAGUAUAUAAACAGUUUCGCUUUCAUCAAAGAGGAAAAAAAGCCUAACUAAUUAAAAGUCACGAUCAAUAAUAACAAACCAUAUGGCAACUGCAGCAGCAGCGAUACAAACGACUAUGACUGCACUCGAUAUCGGAAAUCUGAGUAUCAUAUCAUUUCUAAUAUCUGUCUUAAUUUCUUUCUAUUAUUAUCUAAUGGAUCCCGAAAAUCAACCACAAGUCACAAAAAAUCUAUUAAAGGAAUACGAUUUCGUAGUGGUAGGUGGCGGUUCAGCUGGAAGUGUUGUUGUUAAUAGAUUAACAGAGAAUCCAGAAUGGAGUGUACUUCUUUUAGAAGCAGGUGGUUUCGAAAACAUCAUUACGGACAUACCGAUUUUAUCUACCUAUUUACAAAAUACCAAAAUAGAUUGGAAAUAUAGGACUGAAAACCAAGAUAGUGCUUGUCAAGCGAUGAAAGAUAAACGUUGUUGCUGGCCCCGUGGAAAGGUAUUAGGAGGUUCAAGCGUACUUAAUGCCAUGCUAUAUAUUCGUGGAAAUCGUCGUGACUUCGAUCAAUGGGAAAGCUUUGGUAACCCUGGUUGGGGAUAUGACGAUGUACUCCCAUACUUUAAAAAAUCACAGGAUCAAAGAAACCCAUAUUUAGCGCGGAACACCAAAUACCACAGCACAGGUGGUUAUUUAACUAUUCAAGAGUGUCCCUAUAAUACGCCUCUAAGUCUAGCCUACCUUCAAGCUGCAGAAGAGAUGGAUUAUAACAUCGUGGAUGUAAAUGGCCAACAACAAACGGGCUUUACAUUGCCUCAAUAUACAAUGCGCAGGGGCGCUAGAUGUAGUGCAGCCAAGGCAUUCGUACGUCCCAUCAAAUUUCGAAAGAAUUUUCACCUAUCGUUAUGGAGCCAUGUUACGCGUGUUCUCAUAGAUCCAAGUACCAAAAGAGCAUAUGGUGUAGAAUUUAUUAGGAAUGGUCGUGUUGAGACCGUAUUUGCGAAGAAAGAAGUUAUACUUUCGGCAGGUGCUAUAAACACCCCUCAAUUAUUGAUGCUGUCUGGAAUCGGUGCUAAAAAUCACCUCGAAGAUCUUGAUAUUCCAGUGAUUCAGGAUUCACCUGGUGUUGGACAGAAUCUUCAAGAUCAUAUAUCCAUUGUUGGUCUAACCUACCUUAUUGACCACGAGAUCAGCAUUGUUUAUAGUCGCUUAUUGAAUAUGAACACCAUAUUGAAAUAUGCAAUUACCGAGAACGGUCCUCUAACCUCGAGUAUUGGUCUCGAAGUAGUAGGCUUUUUAUCCACUAAAUAUGCCAAUCAGACGGACGAUUGGCCAGAUAUAGAAUUUAUGAUUGACUCUAUCGCGAUAAAUAACGUUAAAGAUAUUUUGCGUUACUUCUGCGUAACGGACGAUUUUUUUAAUGAAGCCUAUGGAGAAAUCAUUAAUCAAGAUAGUUUCAACAUUUUACCAAUGUUGCUCAGACCUAAAUCUCGUGGAUAUGUGAAAUUAAAGUCGAAAAAUCCGCUCGAUUAUCCAUUAAUGUAUCACAAUUAUUUGACGAAUCCUGAUGAUGUUAAUGUUUUACGUGAAGGAGUCAAAGCAGCAAUUGCAUUUGGUGAGACGAGUAGCAUGAAAAGAUUAGGGAUAAGAUUUCACAAUAAGCCAUUGCCAAAUUGUAAUCAUCUUCCGAUGUUCACGGAUGAGUAUUGGGAAUGUGCAAUUCAUCAAUACACAAUUACAAUUUAUCACGUGAGCUGUACUGCGAAAAUGGGUCCACGAUCCGAUCCAAUGGCGGUCGUAGAUCCCUCUUUAAAAGUAUAUGGAGUAGAAGGACUUCGAGUGAUCGAUGCAUCGAUCAUGCCUACGAUCACUAGUGGAAAUAUCAAUGCACCUGUGAUAAUGAUUGGUGAAAAAGGUUCAGAUCUUAUAAAAAAGGACUGGAUUAUUCAAUACACCGUCGGCAUUGAAACUCUUUACACUGCUCUUAGUCUACGGUGUUUCGCCGGUAUAUUUAAGAGAAAAGUAUGGACAAGUUUUAAGCAAGUUAUUUCUUAUAACAUAAUAUCUGAAUUGAAGAAAGUGUCUGAAAUGACAAUAGGUUUGGUUUCCUUAAUUGCUACGACAUCCGCCGUAGGAGUCGGUUUGAUACCACUUGUGGCAAUCGGACUAUCGUUAUACAGAUACGAUGAAAUGGAUCCUGAAUCUCCUCCGAAAAAUACUCGCGAGUUAAAUCGAAUGUACGACUUCAUCAUUGUGGGAGGUGGAAGUGCAGGAGCAGUGAUAGCUUCGAGAUUAUCCGAAGUAUCCAAUUGGAGCGUAUUGUUAAUAGAGGCUGGUGAUAAUGAAAACGAAAUUUCUAACAUACCACUUUUCGCUGGCUAUGGCCAAUUAUCUGAAUUAGAUUGGAAAUAUCAAACCAUGCCGUCAAUGACAUCAGCUUAUUGUCUCGCGAUGGUAGGAGACAGGUGUAAUUGGCCACGUGGAAAGGUUUUGGGUGGUAGCAGUGUCCUAAAUGCCAUGAUAUACGUGCGCGGCAACAGAUUGGAUUACGACAAAUGGGCAAGAAUGGGUAAUACCGGCUGGAGUUACGAGGAAGUUCUUCCUUACUUUCUCAAGUCUGAGGAUAACAGAAACCCUUAUUUGCAAAGAUCACCUUACCAUAAAACGGGAGGCUACUUAACGAUACAGGAACCACCAUGGAGAUCACCAUUAUCGAUUGCCUUUUUACAAGCUGGACAAGAACUCGGUUAUGAAAAUCGUGAUAUCAAUGGUGAAAGUCAGACUGGUUUCAUGAUUAUGCAGGGUACGAUUCGCAGAGGAAGUCGUUGCUCGUCAGCUAAAGCUUUUCUAUGGCCAGUAAAGAACAGACGGAAUUUGCACAUAGCUUUGAAAGCUCAAGUAUUGAAAGUCCUCUUCAAUGCCGACAAGCGAGCUACAGGAAUAGAGUUUCUACGUGAUGGUUUAAAACAAACAGUUAGGGUAAGGAGAGAGAUCAUUCUGUCAGCUGGAGCGAUCAAUUCACCACAAUUGCUAAUGCUCUCAGGCAUAGGACCGAAGGAACAUCUCGAGGAACUCGGUAUACCGGUAUUAUCUGAUCUUCGAGUAGGUGACAAUCUUCAGGACCAUGUUGGUCUCGGUGGAUUGAGCUUUACAGUGAACGAACCAAUUACUUUGAAAAGGGACCGUCUACAGACACUACCAAUAUUACUGAAUUAUGCAAUAUACAAUAAAGGGCCCCUGACUACUCCAGGAAUCGAAGCCUUGGCCUUUAUCAAUUCUAAAUACGCUGAUCCUUCUGGUGUUUAUCCGGACAUUCAAUUUCACUUUCUUCCAAGUUCCAUCAAUUCCGAUGGUGAAUCAGUAACCAAGUUUAUCGGAAUAAGAGAUAGCGUUUAUAAUACGGUGUUCAAACCAUUAAAAAAUGCUGACAGUUGGACAAUAUUACCACUUUUAUUGAAACCCAAAAGUUCAGGAUGGAUUCGCCUAAAAAGCAGAAAUCCUCUGACUCAUCCUGAUAUUAUUCCGAAUUAUUUCGCUCACAAAGAAGAUGUAGACAUCCUGAUAGAGGGUAUACAAAUUGCUAUGGCUGUUUCAAACACAAGUGCCUUUCAAAGAUUUGGUUCGAGACCAUAUUCUAUUAAACUACCAGGCUGUCAAAAAUUUCCUUUCGCUACGUAUGAAUAUUGGGAGUGCGCUAUACGACAAUUUACCUUCACCAUGUAUCAUCCAGUAGGUACGUGCAAAAUGGGACCAAGAAACGAUCCAACAGCUGUCGUGGAUCCAAGAUUAAGAGUUUACGGCGUGAAAGGUUUACGAGUCGUUGAUGCUUCUAUAAUGCCUACCAUUGUUAAUGGAAAUACUAAUGCACCAGUUAUCAUGAUCGGCGAAAAAGCAAGCGAUAUUAUUAAAGAGGACUGGAAAUAUUAAAAGAAAGAACUUUGUAAAUAAUUUUAAUUCACAUAAGUCAAUAAUUUUAUAUGUUAUAAUUAUUAUUUAUAAUGGAUAUUAGUUUAAUUAUAUGUAUUUAUAUUGUCAUGAUAAACUCAGGGAUACUUUGCAAAUAGAAAUUCAAAAGUAUUUAGCUUGAAAAACUUGUUUUUUUUUGUUCUGUGAAAUAAAUGAAAUGUGCCAUUUCGAAACUCUUAGAUAAUUUUAUUCAGAAGUAAAAAAUAAAAUAAUAAGUGUUGUUGAAAGUUCAAAUGUUAAGUACGGUCUUAGAAAAAUUUAAAUCAACGUACAACUACAGAGACUCAUCCAUGUAUGAACCUAUUAGUAAAAGAAAUGGCAAUGCAACUUUCUCGUUAAAUUUUCUCCUCGCAAUACACUUUUACGAAAAGAAUGGUAUCAAGAUUAUUAUCUAUGAAGCUAAAUGUUUCUUUACGUAACUAUCUUUAUACCUUCUCGUUAAAACUUUUCUCAUGCUAUUAGUUUUUGCUUCUCAUUCGAUUUUCUCAUCGACAAUACGAUGAACAUAAAUCAGUUGAACUUGGUAAUCAUUAACUACAUAGAUAAAAUAUAUAUCUAUUAAUAGCAAGAAGAAAGAUAAAUGCGUGAUAUGUAUAUUGCGCUUUAUAAAUUUCACAGAUUCUUCGGCAGAACGUGCGAGAAUAGUGAAAGCAGAAGCCUUAUCGAGUUGUCAUGUACUAUCGUUUACUAAACGUUAAAAUACAUGAAAUGUAUACAAAAAAGGAAACAUGUUAAACCGGAUAUUCAUGUGAAAACUUGAAAUCAGAUUCACAUAUUUCUUGAUUCUCUUCAAACAUAUCAAGUAUAACGGAAGUAAUAGAAAUUUAUUGGCGCAAUCUAUCCUAAUACUAACGCAAUAGUCUUGUGUCUAUUCUUGGAGAAUGUACAAAUAGAUAUAUACAUACAAUAUUAAGCGUAGGUAUACAUUCGGGAGAAG